CACCUGCUAAGUAAUUACCUCAAUGCCAUGGUCGAAAUCCUUUCCAUUAUCUGGCUACGAAACUCCAUGACAACCAAAGCUGGCCAUGCUCAGUGAUGCAAAUCCCACGCAGAACCCCAUUGCAUAAGCACCGACGAGCUGCUAAGUGCUUCUGGAGAGACAGAGACAGAGAGGAUGAGGAUAUGGAGUAUACUAAGUUUUGGAGGCCGCACAUCCAUGCCGGAGUAUCUGCUGUAAUUAGGCAAGUUGUCGCUACUGUUUGCCAUUUGCCAUUGGCCAUUUGUCCGCUGCUCCCCCGGCAAUACCAUUUUAUGGUCUUUUGUUGGCGCGUUUCACUUCUGCCAUCGUUUCCUAUCCAUUUUCAAAAUGAAUAAUUCAAUAGUCCGGCAGAGCAGAAGCCUUAGGUCCGCGGCUCUCCCUACUGGCCAGCCUCGGACCAUCUCGGUUGCAGCCAUAAUUGAGGUCAGUGAAAUCAAAUAGCUCCCACCAAGUGGUUAGCACUUGCCCAGCGGUGUGUGGAGGAACUGGACUUGGAGCUGCUUGGCCGCUUGGCUGCUCCCUGGGCUCUCGAGUCGGCUCCACUUUCAGUGGCCAAAAGCGGCCAUGGGAUCUUCCUCGUUGUUGGCCGGCGGUCGGUCGGUCGCUUUUGUUUCCGUCAGCCAAAAUCACUGCCACUAAAAAUAGACAACAAUUAAAUGCAAAUCAAUUGCAUUGAUUUUCACCCAAUACACAGUAGGCCAUGCAAGAGAUACUUUGCUACACAAAAAGCACUUUUCCCUGUACUUGGCACACCCACUUGGUAAACCCCUUGACAUUGUCCCUGUAUCCGCAUCCGCUUUUGUUGCCAAAUUAUCGGCUAUAAAAGCAAGUGAUCAACUCGAUCAGCGCCAGAAGAUAAAGUACCCACCGUCCGUUUCAAGCGGCUUGGGAUUCAGUUUCAUCUUACUAGAUUCUAGGGGCCACACUUACUGUUGAGUACGCCACAAUGUUCGACUCAAAGAUUAAGGUGCCCAAGUACGACUCGGAUGCAUUCGACAAUGUCGAGUACGAGCUGCAGAUGACGUACACCCUGGAGACGGAUCGCCGGAUCAUGAGCUUCUACGACGCCAUGUGGGGCAUGGAGGUCACUGGCGGCAUUGACCAGUUCGAGCCGCUGACCAUUGUGAAUGUCUCGCCCACGGGCCUGGCAAAGAGAGGAGGCAUGCGAGUGGGCGACGAGAUCACCCAGAUCAAUAAUACGCCGGCCCUGGAGAUGACCUUUAAUGAGGCCCUGCAAAUGUUCCGACAGAAUGCGCGUUACGUUCGCGUCUACGUUAGGGGCGAUGACGACGCACCCGGUGAGGAGGACUGGACCUGCGAUUGCUGGUUUAAGCCCAGAAAGCCCUGGCGUCGUGACUUCACACCCAUUCAGUGGACGUUCCCCUGGAACGAUCGUCGCAAGCCCGUGUACAAGGAGUCCAACUGCUUCAUGGUGCCAAGCAAAAUGGAGGAGAAGAUUCGGGCGCGACGUGCGGCCACCUCAGCCGUUCACAAGAAGGAUGAACUGGCUCCACACACCCGCUCCUUGACGCCCACUCCCAGACCGAAGAAUCAACCUGGUCCGAAUCUUCUCGAGACAGUGCUCAGGCCCCGUGGACCACCGCCAAGGGAUUAGGACAGCGAUCUAAUCCGUAAGAUGAUGCUGACCAAGUCACAAGGAGUUGCAGGCAGCGCUGAAUUCGCUGCAGUGCAUCAGGACCUUCAAGGAUUGUUCGCACAUAAGAAGGCAGACAGCUAAAUAUACAGUUGAAGUGCCAUGCAAAUGCUGGGAAACGAAUUCGAAGAGGUUUCUCCCGAGAACCGUGUCUUAAUCCUGCCCAGAAAUAAGCAGAAAAUCUAAUUAAUGGAGAAUAUAAAUGUUUAAACGUAGCUGGCAGGCAUCUGUAGAAAACAGUUGCAGUGCCUUGGGCUAGAAAUUUUGAAACAUGUUCUAAGGGAACUGGGUCAAACUGCUAACUAUAAAUCAGGUGAAAUGAUUUCGAAAAUUACUCUUCAAGGAUAGUGUCGAAUGUAAACUACCUCCGCUGUGUUAUAGAAAAUAAAGCAAAAAUCAAUUUAAAAUUCCAAUAAGCUUAAGUAAUUUUAAAAUUUUUG